AUGCCCGUGGGCCCAAGGCUUGAAAGGCAAGGCAAAGGCAUGGAUGGCAUGGCAAGCCGCAAGUGCAAGCCAGACCCGGCCGUUCGGGGGAAAUCCUGGCCAAGAGAGACGCCCCUCCCCUGCCACACACGUCUGUCUGACUUGCACCGUCUACCUUGGGUACCGGUACCAUACACAAAGACACAAUCGAAUGAGCUGAAGCAGGCACUCCCGUCUAGAGACGACGAUAGUGAUGAUGCAGGUGCAAGCAGGCCUCGACUUUUCUCAGACGACAGCGACAGCCCAGGGCAGUGGGUUCAAUGGCAACAGAGUCUGGGGGUGAUUAAGCUCUUGCUUUGGCUCGUUCACGCCGUCUCUGUGGAGGUUCACUACCAAUCCCGUUCGAGACUUGGAUGGUCAACCCUCCACUCGGCCGAUAUCUACUCGGGCAGCGCAAAUUCCUCACCGGCUGCAACACUGCCACUCCCGCCGAGCAUACAACAACCAGAAUACAGCUUGCCAAGGCAAGCCAUCGAAACUAUCGAGACGGCUUCAAGAGUCACACUUGGUUCCCUCCGUGCCUCCUCCAACCUUGGGACCAUCCUCGGCCCUUGGCUGUCAUCAUUGAAUCAAUGGUGGAUGAAGAAGAACAUGCCCCCGAAAGACGACCAGAUACCUAGGUACCUUACAGAUGGAUGAAAGAGCCACAGAUAAGACAUGCGAUAGGCGUAGCCCAAGCGGGACCUGUCAGUGGUGGACAGUAAUUGGGCUGAAUCAAAGAAAUGCCUUUGGUCCACUCAGAGCUCAC